CGUCACCUACAGGUGAAUUAAGAAAAUCCGAUCAUAACAAGUCGUCUUCCUCUGCUCCACUGUGCUUUCGCGCUCUAAUGAUGCUCAAAAACUGAAACAAGAACGAUCUUUUUCCAAUUCAUCGAAUCAAAAUUCUGUUUGUUUUGUACCCAUUUGAUGAAAUUAGGGUCAGAGCAACUUUACUUUGUAAAACAUUCGAUUUCUGAACUCCAGUUUUCCAGCAUUGCGAAGUAGAACGAAGCCCUAGAAUUCGGGGAAGGUCUGAUUAUGGAUGCCAAGGAUAUCUUGGGCUUGCCCAAAAAUACACUGCCCUUACCCCAAGAGAAGAAACCUAGGGCUCACAAAGAUGCCCAGAGAAAGCGAGAUGGAAUUUCUCGGGAGGUUUAUGCGCUUACUGGUGGUCUGGCGCCUAUUAUGCCCGCAAUCGAUACAUCUGAGCUGAAGAAGCGACCUCCAUCAGAUGAAAAGAUUACAUGGCAGUGGCUUCCUUUUACAAAUUCUGCCCGAAAGGAUAAUUUGCAGCUUUACCAUUGGGUUAGAGUUGUAAAUGGCAUUCCACCAACAGGUGACUAUUCCUUUGCAAAGUACAACAAGUCUGUUGAAGUAGUCAAAUACACGGAUGAGGAGUACGAGAAGUAUUUGAAAGACCCUUCGUGGACAAAGGAGGAGACAGAUCAAUUAUUUGACUUGUGUGAACGGUUUGAUCUUCGCUUCAUUGUGAUAUCUGACAGAUUUCCGUCAGCAAGGACAGUGGAGGAACUAAAGGAGCGAUAUUAUCGUGCAUCAAGAGCAAUUGUGGCUGCUAGAGGACCAACAUCUCGGGAGAGUUCAGGAAAUACUCCCGCCAAGGAUCCUUACAAUGUCUCACAAGAGAUUGAGCGCAAACGGGCAUUGUCCAUGGUUCUCUCCCAAACAAAACAGCAAGAACGAAAAGAUGCUGAGGUUCUUGCUGAAGCGAAAAAGAUAACUGAAUCACGCAGAGCCGAACGAGUGGCUGAAGAAUCUGAGUUACCUGUCACUUCAAAUGCUGUCCCAGAAGUUACUGAAAGGGUUGUCGUUCCUAGAGAUACUGUACCAUCUGUAUCCAAUGUGCAGCCCCCUCCUCCGGCAGCCGUACCUUCAACGGUAGUGGCAGAUAAUGCUUCUACUCUUGCAUCUCUUCGCAUGCUUCCUGUAUACUUGAGAACAUAUGCACUUGAGCAAAUGGUACAAGCUGCAAGCUCGUCCGCUGGCCUUCGGACUAUCAAGCGAGUUGAACAGACAUUACAAGAUCUUUCGGUUAAUUUAAAACCCAGGGUUCCAACAAAAGCUGUCUGUGCAGAGCAUCUUGAAUUAAGAAAAGAAAUAUUGACUCUAUUGAAUCUUCAAAAGCAGUUGCAAAAUAAGGAGGCAGAAGGUUCUUCUUUCCGAGAAAGUCCAUACACCGAGGCACCUGGCACACCUAAGGAUCGCACUUUUAUUGCUGAUUCUAUGAGUUUUGGAGGGGAAAGGUUUGGUAAACGGGAUCAAAAACGCAAGGCCACUGGAAGAUUAUCUGAAGCUCCAUCAUCACCGGCUCAAUCUAAAAGGCCAAGAAAACAGAAGGGAUCCGAUCUGUGAUGCUCCCAGGAGGCUGAUGCUGGAGCCGGCGGCUUUCACUGGAAGGCAGUGGAGAACAUUCUUGUCUAAACUGAACUUUGAUGCUGGUUUGGUUAAGAGACGCAAUUUUCCUGGUCAUUUGUGCAAUCGAGUUAACGACGGUCUGUUUACCUCAUUUAUCUUCAUCACAAAGCCAAAGCUCGGGUUUUCUUAUGUCCAUUAGCUAGUUUUGUCAUGAAAUGCUGAUAGUUCUCUUAAUAUGAUUGUGUAUUAUAUGUAAAUCUACCAAGAAAUGAGGAAAAAUCUCUUUCAUUACU